AUGAAUUCUGGAAAGGUUUCUGCUCUAGAUCCCGAAUACGAACAAGAGCUAAGGUGCCGUCAAGGGUCUUCCGACCUUAGCGAUGUCUUGCUCAGCAAAACUAGUUCUACUUCCCUGUCAUGGCCACUUCGGAAACAUUGUACCUCCUGGACGAUGACGGCUCGACCAACGCAACAGGCAACUGCAGCAUGUACGGAGAUCAAGGCAUACAAUUGCUUCUAUGGUGUUCACGGUGAUAUUUGGGCGUAUCUCAUGUACAUGAGGUUUUCGACGCCUAUACCUCCCAACCCACCGAGCAUCAAGGAGUACUUCGACUCGGACCCCUGUUGCCGAUAUCUGAUUUAUCAAGGUACGACGUUGCUAAAGGCUGUCGCAUGGGAUUUCGUCAACCUAGAUUCAUUGUUAUCUGAGGAGUAUGAUAGACGCCUCGUCAGGGAACUAUGCUUUGCAUACGCAACGGCCUUCCACGCCCUAGAGGCCAGGGACAAUGAUGGCGGAUUUUCCUUCGAAUCCCUAGUGCGAGACGAUGUCAUCUAG